AGGAUUUUCGUUCUCUUGCCAUUUUCUCCAAGAAGAAAACCAAAGAACAGGAAACUAAAGAUAAAAGGUUUUAAACAGAGAGAAAGUUAUAAUCCUGUUCGCCGGAAAUGCAGUAGCUGAAUCUCGGGGACGAAACCAAGAGACAAGUAUUAUACUGUAAGUCCCAAGGAAAGAAACUUUUCCUUUUUUAGCCACAGAGGGAAGAACGCUCGAAAAUGCACGAAGCACUGUUCAAUGAGCAGACCCACGUCGUUUCAAAUUCUAAGAAGAAGAAAUCCGACGACGACGACAAGGUCUGUUUGCUGGUUACUGUGAAGACUCCAACGGCUACCCCUCACAGGACUCGAUCUCAAGCAACCACUCGGCGCGUUACUCCCACCACUACCUAUACGCCCUUUCUCAACGCCAAUUCUGGUGCUACUGUUGAGAAGCUCCUACCUAACGGAGAUCUAUUCAUCGGCACUUUCUCCGGCAACGCGCCUAACGGAUCGGGGAAGUACCUUUGGAAAGAUGGGUGUAUGUACGAAGGCGAGUGGCGUCGCGGGAAAGCUUCCGGGAAAGGCAAGUUCUCUUGGUCAUCUGGAGCCACUUUUGAAGGCGAUUUCAAGUCGGGUCGGAUGGAAGGAUUCGGGACCUUCAUUGGACCCGACGGAGACAUGUACCGUGGGUCAUGGAGCUCCGAUCGGAAACACGGCUAUGGCCUUAAACGUUACGCCAAUGGGGAUUACUACGAAGGAUCGUGGAAGAAAAACUUACAAGACGGGCAGGGUCGUUAUGUUUGGAGUAACGGGAAUGAAUACAUCGGGGAAUGGAAAAACGGCGUUAUCUCCGGCCGUGGAACCCUGAUUUUUGGAAACGGAAGCUGGUACGAAGGACAAUGGGAAAACGGAGUCCCCAAAGGAAACGGCGUUUUAUCGUGGCCCAGCGGGAGUUGUUAUAUCGGUGCUUGGAACGAAGAGAACAUGAAGAAAUUCCAACAGCUAAACGAAGGGAAAGAAAAUUUUCUGAAGGGAGGACAGAGUUUGAGGCUUAUGCCGAGGAAGAGAUCGUCGGUGGAUAGUAGGGGAAGCGCCGGCGAAAGGAACAUGAAUUUCCCAAGGAUUUGCAUAUGGGAAAGUGAUGGUGAAGCAGGUGAUAUUACUUGUGAUAUAAUCGAUAACAUGGAAGCUUCAAUGAUUUACAGAGAUAGGUUUAGGCCAUUUAGAAGAAACCCUUGUUGUUUUAGUGGGGAAAUUAAGAAGCCUGGACAAACUAUUUCCAAAGGCCAUAAGAACUACGAUUUAAUGCUCAAUUUGCAAUUAGGUAUCAGGUACUCUGUUGGGAAACAUGCUUCGAUAUUGCGUGAGUUGAAACCCAGCGACUUUGAUCCGAAAGAGAAGUUCUGGACGAGGUUUCCUACAGAAGGAUCAAAGCUUACACCCUCUCAUCAAUCCGUGGAGUUCCGAUGGAAGGAUUAUUGUCCCGUGGUGUUUAGAGAUUUGAGAGAGCUAUUCCAAGUGGAUCCGGCCGAAUACAUGCUAGCUAUCUGUGGGAAUGACGCCCUGAGGGAGCUUUCUUCUCCGGGGAAGAGUGGGAGCUUCUUUUACCUUACUCAAGAUGAUAGAUUUAUGAUAAAGACCGUAAAGAAAUCAGAAGUCAAGGUGCUUAUCGGGAUGCUUCCAAGUUAUUACCAACAUGUCAAUCGGUAUGAAAAUUCCCUUGUGACAAAGUUCUUUGGCGUACAUUGUGUCAAACCUAUCGGUGGCCAGAAGACCCGGUUCAUUGUAAUGGGCAACAUGUUCUGCUCGGAAUACCAAAUCCAUAGACGGUUUGACCUUAAAGGCUCCUCCCAUGGUCGCUUAACUGAUAAGCCUGAAGAUGAAAUUGACGAAACCACAACCUUAAAAGAUCUGGAUCUCAAUUUUGUGUUUCGCCUCCAAAGAAAUCGAUUCCAGGAGCUUAUGAAGCAAAUUGAUCGAGAUUGUGAGUUCUUGGAAGCUGAGAGAAUUAUGGAUUACAGUCUUUUGGUUGGACUACACUUUCGUGAUGAUAAUAGAGGUGAUAAAAUGGGGUUAUCACCGUUUCUCGUACGCACAGGCAAAGAGGAUUCAUAUCAAAAUGAAAAGUUUAUGCGUGGAUGUAGAUUUCUCGAGGCAGAGCUACAAGACAUGGAUCGGAUUUUAGCUGGCCAGAAGCCAUUGAUUCGGUUAGGAGCGAACAUGCCAGCAAGAGCAGAACGAAUGGUGAGAAGAAGCGAUUUUGAUCAGUAUACUCGGGGUGGAGCCGGUCACUUUUCAUAUAGUGGUGAAGUUUAUGAAGCAGUCUUAUACUUUGGCAUCAUCGAUAUCUUACAAGAUUACGACAUCAGCAAGAAACUAGAGCAUGCAUACAAAUCCCUGCAAGCUGAUCCUACGUCUAUAUCAGCUGUUGGUCCAAAACACUACUCAAAGAGGUUUCGGGAUUUUAUGGGAAGGAUUUUCAUCGAAGACCGAUGACAUCAUGAAAACCACAACAAGAUCGAUUGACACGGUGAGGAAUUCUGCGUUUCCUGUUACCAUCCGUGAGCAAAAAUACUCCAGCGGACACUCGAGCAAGCCAAUGACUAAAUUUGUGGGAGCAGCAAGUGUUGGAGGAAACUGCAUACCCUAAUACAUAUAUAGGGAUAGGGGUAUUUGGAUUGUGGGUGAAAUUUUUGUGAAGAAUUAGGUAUAGAGAAUCUCUUAGGAAUAAGAAAAGUGUACAGCUUACAGAAAUGAUGGAAUAGUUUGUGAUUAUUUUUGAAGCAUAUAUGGGAUCAAACUCUUGCUCUCU